AUGGUCGGUGAUGAGCUGGAUGAAGCCACACGUGACCGCAUGCGGCGGCGUUCAGAGAUGCUUAGCAAGGAGAUGGCUCGGAUGCUGCAGGAGCUGGAGCAGGCCGAGGAGAUGAAGAGAAUAGAGCAAAAUGGUGUGACCUGGAGCGGCCUGCUCUCUGCUGCCUUGUGGAACUGGAAAUUCUGGGUGAUCGCCAUCUUGCUGCUCCUCCUGAUUGUGGGGCUCUGUUGCUGCUUUAGCAAAAUAAGCCCUGAGCGCAACGUGUGGUCACCGAACAAACUGUGGAACCGGAGCAAGUGGGUGCAUGCGGUGGUGGAAAGCCUCGUCACUGCUUUCCAAGAGUCCAAUUCCUUGUCAAAGCGUUUCUUGCCGGAGCUGGGACCAGCUAUGGGAGUGGGCAGCGCCUUUGAUUGCUGGAGUCCCCAGGAAGAUGACUCUUUCUACCGUAUGCUCGUGAUCCUGAAGCCCCCCCAUGGCCACACUUUCUGCCUGGAACCAGGCACCGUGGAAAACGAGUCCCGCAUCUGUGUGAAGCUGAAGUGCACAUGCACUGCUCAGCAGAUGGUGGGGCCCAUGCCGUGCUUCCUUUACAGCCCUGAGGAGCAGCUCACAGAGGAGCAGAAGCCCAGCCUCCUGCACACCCUCUGCACCGACUCCUAUCUAGAUGUGCAGAAAAUUGCUUGCUGGUUCCAGGAUUUGGUGAGGGAAAACAAGGCAAGCACGCCUCUCUUACCUUCAUGUGACUACUCUCUGGCUGUGCUGCCCUCCAGACGCUCCUGCAGAGUGGCAAUUCAACGUACCUGUGGGAGAACCACGCUCGUUGAGAUGAUCUUUGGCGUGCAGCUGGGCAACUCAGACAUCUUCAUGAGCAGUCAGGAAAGAGAGGGUAUCUUCAGCCCAAGCACAACGUGGACAUUGACUUGUGCCCAGGCAGAGGCAAAGUUCUUGUGGCUGAUGUUUGGUCGGACCCCAGAUGACAGCUUACACAGCCUCCUGCAUCUCUGCACCCGCAUGCUGGCAGGCAGAGGCUUUUUCACCUAUGCCUUGAAGACGGUGGUGAUGCACCUCCUGACCACCACACCCCUGUCAGGCUGGCAGAGGAAAGAAUUCCUGCAGCGGCUGGAUGACAUCAUGAGGUACCUGAACCGCUGCCUGGAGGAGAAACGCCUCGACCACUUCUUCUUUGGGAACCGGAAGAUUCCUGAGGAGAUCGUCUUGCCCCCAUUCUUGGAAACAGCCAAGCCAUUCAACCUCUUCCAGCAUCUGGCACAGGAUCCGGCUGCCCACGAGCGGGCAAUGCGUGAGUUCGAGGAGCUGCAACAUCGGCUUACAGCACAGCUCUUACUCUAG